CACUCACUCUAGCCUAGGCAAGAAAGCGAGACUCUGUCUCAAAAAAAAAAAAAAAAGUGAAGAAUGGUCAAGUUGACACCUUAGUUUCAUACUGGAGCACCUGGGAAAAUGUUGGAAAAAAAGACAUUUCAUGGGGAAAAUGUAUUUGAUUUUGUAUGUGCUGUGGUUGAAGUCUCUACUGGGUAUCCAGAUAUAAGGAAGAUAUGUCACUAGCAGGCAAAUUGUAGAUGGAAAAGAAAGCUCAGGAGUGAGUUCAGAGCUAGGCAGAGAAAUUAUUUGUAUUGAGGGAAUAAUUGAUGCCAUAUCAUCAUUUCUUCUUUCUGGGUACUUCACUGUUUUGCAUAUGCAUAGCCUCAAUGUAUUUGAGUAAUACAUGACAGCUUUUAUCCAGAUAGCUGUUGUGUGCCUUUUAACUAUGCAGUCACAGUAAGAGAGGGCAUUUUAGGACUCAGGAACCCAGCCUCAAGCAGUGCAACAUUGUUGGUGGGAAAACACUGACUCUUUAAGAAAGCUGUUUUAGUUUUAUUAGCAGAAAGUGAGUAAAGUUAUAUACUUCCUAUCUGCUAGCUGUUCAUAAGCCUUUUGUAUACACUGUUUUUAUUUUUCAACAACCCUGUGAAAUAAGGAGUAUUGUACUCAUUUUACAAUGAUGAAACAAAGGCUAAGAGAAGCUAAGUAAUGUUAGAGCAAGAAUUUAGGGUGUUCCUUCAAUGAUAUAGGUCUUUUUCCUAUGCCACACUUUGCCAUGUUUUCUGGUAAGACCUGUCAAAUAUUGUUGUCAAGCUUUUGCCCAAAUAGGUUUUUGAGUUUCUUGCCUUUGUGUAAUAAGCACAGUGCUUCAGAUUUGAAAUGUUAUUCAUUGAAUUCUGGUUAUGGGUGGCCAUUUGUCUGCAAUAAGAAAGCAUGUGUAUAAAAUGAGUAAAAAGUGAAAGUUGGAAUCAGAUAUGUCUCCUCACAUGUGUAGACCUUCUGGAAUGCCAUCAAAUGCCAACAUUUAUUUUCUUUUACUCUGCUGGGUGUGUAGAAUUUUAUUUAGAAGGAUCAAUUGAAAAUUCAAAGAUACCCAGAGUAAAAGAUACUACUACUACCUAUUUUCAUAGCACCCCACUCCCAGUUAGCUGAAAAUUGUCAUUGUUGAUGACAUUCCCAGAAAAGCCAUAAUAUAGUCUCAGUUUGCAUUGUUUUAAAUAGGCAGAAACAAGAUUGUGUAUUCUAAGAUACAAAGGCUAAUUUGUAUCAUGAAACUUCCUGUAAUUUUCAAGCCUGAGUGAACUUGGUAAAGCUUUUCUGUCUUUUGUAUAUCUGUGUAUGGCUUCUCAGCAAGCUAGAAGCAAAAAAUCACGUUUCAAAACUAUAGGAUAGUGUCAAAUACAGGCACAAUAUAUUAAAUAUUUUUCUAUUCUAUGUGUGUACUGUUUCUGCAGUAUUCAGAAUUGGUGGUAUUUUAUUUUUCUCCUUGAAAAGCUGAUUUUAAAGUUUCUUAAUAUUAGCCACAAUCAUGAGAGAGAAAAUUAAUGGUGAAUUUUUAGCCUUCCAAGUUAUAACUUCUUGUGCAGCUCAAUUAUGGUUCUCAGUUGCCAUGCUCUGUUAAUACACUUCCUUUCUUUAAUAUUGCUCUUUGUUCAUUGGGAAAAUGCCACAAGAAAAUAGGAAUUUCCUCACACCAUUCCCCAUCUGGCAGUGUAUUUCGGUCUAAUUCCUGACAUUCUGUCCUGGUUACUACCCGUUCUUCUUGCUAGCUGUCUAAAUUCUGCUUAUCUGCUAAAAGGGGGAUUCCAGACAGACGAGGAAACAGCUUUCAAAUGCUGUACUGCAGGCAUACUAAGUCAUUCCCCCCACUGUGCAGUCUGGAAAUUGAGGAGCAUUUCUCUGGCUAUGCAUUCUAAUGAGUUGUUAAAGAUGUCAGAGUGUGCUUGUACAUGCAUUUUCUUUCCCCUCCCCCUUUCUUCCUUCUCUCAAGCCCCCUCUUCUCCCUGUUUCCCCUCCUACUUCUUUAUCCCCUCCCUCCGUGUCUCAGUUCUGCAGUACACAGGGCUGAAGCACAUUCCUGCUUUGCCAGGCUUUCUGUUAAGGAUGUAUUGUGGCUUUUGUUCGGAUUGCAGCAUACAGAAUUACAGCUAUUCAGAGGAGACUCAUUACAACUCCUGCUGAAGCUCCUAAUCUUCCUCCCUUCUCUUCUGCCCCUUUCCCCUACUCUUACUUGGCCUGAAGACGUUGUCCCCAGAGUUUGCCUUACUCCCCUGGUGCUAUGUGUAUGGUGAACCUGGCGCUAUGGCCGCAUCUGGGACUGGCCAGACAACUGCUGCUGGUUCUCCCUAUUCCAAGAAGGAUUUAAAGGGGAAUUGCACUGCAGGCAAUGCACCAGAGCAGCAGCAUCGGGAGCUUGGGGACUAAGGCUCCUCUGGCAUUAUUAUACACAUGCAAAGCUGACCGCAAUGACAGCAGCUGCUCCUUUGAACUGUUGGCAGCAGCCAAGCGGCAGCAUGAAGUGAGAGAUCAUUACUGGGCUCAAGAUGAACUCCACCUUGGAUGGUAAUCAGAGCAGCCACCCCUUUUGCCUCUUGGCAUUUGGCUAUUUGGAAACUGUCAAUUUUUGCCUUUUGGAAGUGCUGAUAAUUGUCUUUCUAACUGUAUUGAUUAUUUCUGGCAACAUCAUUGUGAUUUUUGUAUUUCACUGUGCACCUUUGUUGAACCAUCAUACUACAAGUUAUUUUAUCCAGACUAUGGCAUAUGCUGACCUUUUUGUUGGGGUAAGCUGCCUGGUCCCUUCUUUAUCACUCCUCCACUACCCUCUUCCAAUAGAGGAGUCCUUGACUUGCCAGAUAUUUGGUUUUAUAGUAUCAGUUCUGAAGAGUGUCUCCAUGGCCUCUCUGGCCUGUAUCAGCAUCGAUAGAUACAUUGCUAUUACCAGACCUUUAACCUAUAAUACCCUGGUUACGCCCUGGAGACUGCGCCUGUGCAUUUUCCUGGUUUGGCUGUAUUCAACCCUGGUCUUCCUGCCUUCCUUUUUCCACUGGGGCAAACCUGGAUAUCAUGGAGAUGUGUUUCAGUGGUGUGCGGAAUCCUGGCACACCGACCCCUAUUUCACCCUGUUCAUCGUGAUGAUGUUAUAUGCCCCAGCAGCCCUUACUGUCUGCUUCACCUAUUUCAACAUCUUCCGCAUCUGCCAACAGCACACAAAGGAAAUCAGCGAGAGGCAAGCCCGCUUCAGCAGCCAAAGUGGGGAAACCGGGGAGGUACAGGCCUGUCCCGAUAAGCGUUAUGCGAUGGUCUUGUUCCGAAUCACUAGUGUAUUUUACAUCCUCUGGUUGCCAUAUAUCAUCUACUUCUUGUUGGAGAGCUCCACUGGCCACAGCAACCGCUUCGCAUCCUUCUUAACCACCUGGCUGGCUAUUAGUAACAGCUUCUGCAACUGUGUCAUUUAUAGUCUCUCCAACAGCGUCUUCCAAAGGGGACUAAUGCGCCUUUCAGGGGCCAUGUGUACUUCUUGUGCAAGUCAGACCACAGCCAAGGACCCUUACACAGUUAGGAGCAAAAAAGGCCCUCUUAAUGGAUGUCAUGUCUGAAGUGGCUCAGAUAUUGGGUCACUUUGUGUGUGGUUUUCUUUCUUCUUUUUUUAUCUCUUAGUGUUCCUAGCUCACUAGGAAAUCUGGGACAGAAUAAUUUGACUCUAAGCAAUAGCAAACAAAUGAUCCAUCCAAAUACCUUCUAAGUUUACAGAAAUGAUUUUUAAAAGUGCUUUUCAAUCAGAAAAAUCAAGAUCAUGAAGAUAAAUUAGUCUUGGUUCCAACUUUUGAAAUGUUAUGGAAAUGACUACAGUUCUCAGAAUUAAAAUGAAUAAAGCCAUAUCUAACACCUCUCUCCAGCUGGCAAGAUGGAACCUGAGUGUGAAAAGCGUCAGCAUUUUAAAAAGUCAUCAUUUUCUUGUCACUUUCAGAGUUUUUUCCAGCUAUUUGAGCUUCAUGUGCAAUUGAUUUUUUUCAACAGGAAUAUUGAAAUAUCGUGAUGAAUUAACAGGUUUUAAAAAAAAUUUUUAUGUAUGCCAAAGUAUAACUAUACUCCAAGUUUCAACACUGUCAUUUUGAAAGCCAGAGGUUUUAUGUCUUAUUCUCUUGAGAUAAUUCUUUAAUAGGGUGAAUAAUGUGAAGAGUUAAACAUUAUUUUAGAAUUUUAUAAUGAGCCAUGAGGCAAAAAUGCAAUCAAAUCAUACAACUUAUGAAAAACUGAGCAAGUUUUUUUGCCAUGAUUCAGAGAUCUAAAGAUAAUGUGUACAUAGAAGUGGUCGUGCUACAGUAUUUUUACCCAUAUCUUUAUGUAUGUGUAUAUUGAGAAUAUUUGAAUUUAGAUUUCUUUUUUACAGCAAAAUGUGUUUCAACUAAAAAAUAAUUAAAUGAUAGGCUGAUGACUAUCAAUUUUGUAAUAGUGAAAAUAUAUGAAAAUAUGUCUUUAAUGUUUUCUGUUUUUAUCCAAAGACUUUUGAAAUACUAGAACAUCAGGGAGAUAAGUCGUAAGCAACUGAUUCAGAAAAUAAAUUGUAGUAUACUAAUUUAUUUUUAAAAUAGAAGGGAGUUAAGUGAGACAUUUUCUGUGUGGCUAGAUGGAAUCAACUAAUAUAGUAGCAAUUAGUUCUUUUUGAAAAGCAUUCAGUUAGUGUUAAGGAAUCCACAUUUGAAGAAGAGAAAGGGAAAUUGUAAUCUAAGUCUUUGUUAUUGCUGUUUGCUUUGUGGAAAAAAAUCCUUUGGCAUACUGUUAUUUAAUAAAUUUUUUUCUUUUUUGUUGUUGUUGCCAUAGUGCUAGCAGAAUCUAUAGGAUUUUUAUUACUGUUCUAUAGAAUUAUUAUUGAGAGUGGCCUGCGUUUGUAUGUAGUAGUGAUGUUUUGUUCGUAAAAGUGAUUAUCUUUAUAGCAAGAGAUUUAUUUUUCAAAAAGGACAAAAUUUCUGGCAGCUCCAGGCAUGAGAGUAUUUCCUCUACUUUUCUAGUGGUUUUAAUGUUUUAGAAAUCUACAGGGGACUUAUUUGAUCUCUGCCUUUGGCUAGACGUUGUAACCUGAAUAUGACAGUGGUGUUCAGUGAGAUGGAAGAUGGAAGAAACCCAAGGGACAUGGGUUAAAGUGGAUUUCUGAAUCCAAGAAAGGACAUGGAUAUUUAUAAAACAGGCAGAUAUGCUUUGGUUUUCCAUCAUGAUGUUAGAAACCCCACUCCCCUUUUUAAAUAAAGGGCAGUGUUCUUAUGAUUUUGGGUUUUAUAUUAUCAACUUGAUUUUAAUCUCAAAUGUGCUCUAUUUAAACUUUUUUUAUUUUAAGUGACCAAGUAUUAUAUAAACAUUCAAACUUCAGAUUCUGAGUUCUUUCCAAAAGCUUGCUUGCUCUUUAUAUUUAAUGUUAGCAAACUUGAUUCUAAGCUGUUUUAAAAUUUAGAACACAUACUUAAAUUGCAAGUUAUGAUAGAAUUGGAUUGUUAAAUUGCUAUUUCAAGUGGACAGCCUUUUCUCCUGGAUUCUGAAAAAUAAUUGUAUUGUACACAUUUCCCCUUUAUUUAAGUGGUAUAGAUCUUAAACAAUUUAUCAUUUUUCAUAUAUGUUAGAGAAUGUAACCUGUUCACAUUUGCAGUUUGCUUAUGAAUUUUUAUUUCAACAAGUAGGGGAAUCUUAAAGACUUAAUUUUUAUAUAAAAUUGAUGUUAAAUCAGUAAGUUUUCCCUUUUCAUUAAAUUUUUUUUUUCCAGUAGGGUUCCAUCUUGUGAGGAUGGAAAAGAGAAAAUAUCUUUUUAAAUUUUCUGAUAAUGGCUAAUCAAGCUGGUCUUUUAAUGACUGCAAAGACAGCUCUUUUUUUUUUGAGACAGAGUUUCACUUUACCCAGGUUGGAGUGCAGUAGCACGAUCAUAGCUCACU